GUAAUUUUAAUGAGAAAAUGAGUUUUUUUUUCUCCUUAAUUUUUUCCCCAUACUUUCUCUUCCCCGAUAUUUUCUCUCAUCUUCCCUGAUUGUUUCUCUUCUCUUUUUUCGACGAUUCCCUUCGUCGGAGAACAGAUUGUUCCAGCAGCCAUCACCGAGAUUCAACAAUCCCUUCCUCUGCCCAGAUUCUGCCGAUUAGCAUGUGAAACUUCAUCCAAAGCUCCAGAGAUGGACAAGGGAUGGGUUUAUGCUGAGGCCACAUAUGGAAUCCCUGACAAGUACUUUUGCGGAAAGCCGAUGAAACUAGAAUCAUUCUCUCAGGGCCGCAAGUAUUACAUUUGCCCCGACUGGAUGAUAGAGGUGAUCGGUGAGCACAUGUGGCAGUGGUGGGACGAGGACGUUACCGAGCAAAUCGGUAUUCUUGAGAGACGUCUAGACGCUCAAAAGGAGCUCAUACUCAGUGAAACUAGGCCAUGGAUCAAUGCAUCAGAUACCACACAUGAAGAAUUACAGCAAGAUUUAAGGCGUCUCGAAGGUGAAGUCUCAAUGCUGAAGCAGAACAUUGGAAACCAAGAAGGUUUAAAUUUGUUCCCAAUCCUGUCAACCUUGAAGUUUAAGUGGUGUGUGUUGCAUCAAAGAGCAAAGGAUAUUUUUCGAUGAAAGGAAUACUUGGCCACAAACAUUUUGCUUUACCUUUCCCGUGACCAGAAGCAAACAAUAAGGAUGGGCCAUGCGUUUUGUUUUAUCCUCUUGUAGUGCGAAUAAUUUGUAGUGCACUGUAAACCAUAU